AUGGGUCCAGCUGCCCCACGAUUUUCUGACCAGGACCUUCAAGUCUUGGUGGAAAAUGCCCAGAAGAGGAGACCAGUCAUCAACCCUGCUGGACACCACAAUGCCUUUACAACCAAGAAGGCCUGGAUUCAAAUUGUGGCUGUGGUGAGCACAGCAGGAGACCAUCAGUGCUCAUGGAUUCAGUGCAGGAAAAGGUUGAAUGAUCUGCGCUCCAGCGAGGUGAGCAACUUGGCUCAUCCACGCAGAACUCCAGGGGAAAGGUCACAUCUGCAUGCUGCAGCUAAGGUGCAAGACAUGGAACAUAGAAUUCUCAAUGCCAAAGCAGAGGAUAAAGCUUUGGCAAUGCCAGAGACCAGCACAGAGCACCUAAUACCAGAAAGAAAGAUACCUCUCCAUAAUCAGUUACUGAGUUUACUGAAUAGUAGCAGCAAUGUCACAGUUAAAGUUGUGCUUGCUAGCAGUAUUAGAAGUCCAGAGGAAAGCCUGCAAAUAAGAUCUAAAUCUCAGAUGGCAAGCAGAAGGCAAGCAAUGGAUAGAACGCAAAGAAAGGAGAGUACAGACCAUUGUGAACGCAGGCGUGUUGAAUUUGAAAAGUUUGAUCCAGCCAACACAGAUUCUAAAAUCGAAGCUCUGAUCUCGUCCGCGGUAUCACCUAACAACAAUAGCUUCUUCGAAAACAUGUCAUCGUUGUACAGCGUGCCGGAGCAUAGACACCACGUAAAGUGUGAAAGUUCGAAAGCUGGAAUUCUGAAACACAACAACCAGAAUGAAGAGGAGAUAAACGCUGGACUGCUUUUAGCCGAGACAACAUGUAAAAAGUACGCUCUGAGGAAAAAAACAAUGAUCCAAUAUAAUCGAGAAAAUAGUCUGGAACAAAUUGAGUUUGAAAAAUACUGUAAGAGUAUUUCCAUUCCUUCAGCCUCUGCAGAAGGAUGUCAAGAUUACGCAGCAGUCUCUCGGUUGCCCCUUAAAAGGACACUUUUCAAUAAGAAUUUAAAAACUAAAUGCAAGGGGAGUCGGAAGAUGUUAGUUAAACUAACAAAAGUCAAUAUUCAGAAGUAUCUGAUGCAUACAGAAAGAAAAACAAAAAUGUGCCAAAAACUUUUAACACACAACAAUUUGAGUGCAGGAGUCAAAAUGCAUUAUGUUACCACGCCUGAGCAAGACACAACUGCAUUACCAACAGUGAAGAAAGGUAGGAGGAACAAGGUGGCGGCAUUACCUACAGGUGAUAUUCCUGUCGUCAUUAAAAGGAAAAGAGGUCGUCCAAGGAAAGUAUUACCUGAAGGUAGCAAUGAAGCUACCAAUCAUGUGAAAAGAAAGCCAAGGCAUCAUAAACUUUCUCCGCCACAACCAACUUAUAUUGCUGGAUCCAAUGACAAUACAACAGACUAUGCAGAUGUUUUGUCCAAAUUGGCCUUUUUAACUAAACAAAGUCUGAUCUUGGGCAGAUGCUCACCGCCCAGGUGUUGGUCUCCUAGCGAUCCGGGAUCAUUUCAGAGAUCAGCUUCUAUGCAUCAGGACAUGUCUCAGUUUUAUCGUACGUUAGCAGGUACUCGGAGGAGGGGUGGAAAAGCAGGUUGUUCACGAGGAAGGCAAGUGGGACAAUUUGCAGAAUCGUCUUCUACUUUCAGCGAUUUCUUUGAAGGUAUUGGAAAAAGAAAACGGAUAUUCUUAGGUGAAACAAAAUUGUAUGCAAGAAAAUGCAAAUGGGGUACAGAAAUGAAAGAGAAGCCAGUUCAAAGGAGGAAACCAUACAAGCGUGCACUUCCAUUUCCAGAGCACGGAAUUUUUCGGAACAUGAAUACUGAAAGUUCAGAAUGGGCAAGACAAAAUGAAAGUUUUUGGACUAUGAAUCAAGGUUAUCCUUCAAAGCAGCAAAUCAGAAAUGGUUUGUAUCCAUCUUACCCUGGUAUGUCAACACAAUCAUUUCCCAAUACUAUUUGGGAGUCAAGUUCAGUGUCGAGAAAUGGAUAUUUGAUGGGUUGUUUAUCCUCCAACCAAAGCAAUGUUGCUCAACAAAGUCCUGGCUGCAUUGCUGGAUAUUUCCGUUCUCUACUUGAUUCAGAUGAUUCUUCAGAUUUGAUGGAUUUGUCAUUUUCGCAAACUGGGCAAGAAUCAUGUAACAUAACUGGAAGCUUUGGAGUCAGCAAUUCAACACAACCCUCAAGACAGUUAACGCAUUACCAAGAGGGGUUUGAUAAAACCAGUUCUCCUAAUUGUGCUGGUAGCCAGCAACAUGCAAAUCAAACAAGACAGGCGUAUCCACAGAUGAUCCCAGAUAAUUCAGACAGUGUUGAUUAUGGCUCCUCGUAUCAUGCUUCUGACACAGAAACUUUCCAAAGAAUUGCUCCUCAGCCACCUCUUUCUAGACAGGCUGGACUUUCAUGUCAACAUGCUCCAGAUAACUAUGCUCAUUAUAGUAAUUACAGAGCGAAAGCUCCAAGUUUCAGUAAUUCAGAUGUAAUACAGCAACCUAGAGAGUAUUCUGGUCUUGACUUUCUAGGCAACAGAGAUUGUACGUUUGGCUAUGACACCAGCAAUAAUGUUACUUCCUCUCAAACCAGCUCAACCGAUACAUACAGUCAACAUGCAAUUGGUUCAAACCUACAUUUUAAUAAGGUUUCUUCAUUUAAUGCUUUUCGGCCAGACCACAGUCCUCUGACUUUACAAGCAUCCUUAACUCCCGAGAGUCAAUCUGACGCAGCCUGUUCCAUGGACCACACUUCUCAGAAAUAUUUUAACUCAUUGCAGUUAUCAGCUGAACCCUCCAGGAUGGCAUUUUCUAGAGGGCUUCAAUUGAGCUGUAAAUCCGGUUUUAACCUUUGUGAUGGGAACAUGGCAUAUUUUAAUCACCAUUACGCACCAGUGUUGGAUUACACCCUGAAUGAAUCAAAAGACAUCUUGGAUAUUUCAAACUAUACACCCCAGAAAGUAAAGCUAAGGUCAUUUCCAGAGACUUUCACAGAAUCAUCAUCCCACUUUAACACAUCAUUUGAGAAUUCUGAGGGAAGUGUCAAUAUUUGCAGUAAUAUGGCAAGUGAAGAAAAAUCCAGCCUCUCAAGUUUAGAGAAAUUAAUGAUGGACUGGGAUGAAACGGUACCUGUUGAAAGAGCUGGACCAAAGGUUGGUUACAAACGUCAGUGGAACCAUCAUGUACCUUUUCCCAGUGAUUCAAAAGCUGUGUAUGGAAGACGUAAACGAAUUGAUAUGUCCAGUCCCUCUCAGUUGGUUUUUCCAGCAUCGCCCCCAUUUCCUUCUAGAAAGGCUACAAUACCAAGACAGACGAGGAAUAUCAGAGGCCUUUGUGUUUCAAAUAGGAGAGAACAAUUUGUCCGCAAAUCAAAGUUGUUACAGAAAACUCAAGGAACAAAUCCUAUAUUCUCUGAUAGCACAGACUGUGGUUUAGAUUAUGGAUAUAAUGCAGAUAGCAGUAUGCCCCCAACUCUUUCAAAUGCCCCAAACUUUCAAGUUCAAAAAAGUGAUCAGAAAGAAUAUUGUAGCUUAUAUUCCUCAGGCUGUUCGACACCAAUGCCUGAUGAAAAUUUCUCACCAAGAUUUCCUGGUAAUGAUGUUCAAGAGACCGUUCCUAUGUAUUCAGACCUAAAGCAACCUACAUUAGAAGUGGAACCCUUUCAAAGCCCUCAACAACAGCUAUCCACCCAGGCGCUGCAACAUUCAAUCAACCCAGAUCAUGAAAGGUUACUGUCUGAUAAUCAAGACUUUUUUAGUUUGCGUACCCCAGGAUAUGUAGACAAUCUAGAGUCGAAUGAAGGGAAAAAACAUCCAGCUUUUUAUGAUGCGUUGGAAAACAGCUCAGGAACAGAUGUUGCUCCUACUACGACAGCAACCAGCAGAGAUUUGCCAGUGUCACAGCUCCAGUUUGAACCUGAUAAUCCAGUUGUUUUGGAAACAAACAACAGAUAUUUGCAGAAUUCUACCACUUACAGCUCAUUAGACGAGAACAAGAAAGAAGCUGGCAUAUCCCUGUUUGGGAUGCAGGGGAGAAAUAAUCUACCCAGUGCUGGACCCCAAAUAAUUCCUCUAAACAUAGUAGCACAAAUUGACAAAGAAACACAGAAGCUUGCGAUAGAUUACAGCAGUUCUGCAUAUGCUAGUGCCACGUUAACUACAGCAAAUGCUUCGCCUGCAUCAAGUGAUUCUUCUAUACAUGUGGACAAUAAUUACGCAGACAAACAAGGAAAUCGUAGACAGGCAGCAAUGGGCUUACUGCUAGACCAAAAUCAGGAUGAGGUGUAUACAGGAAAUGCUUCACAGUGACUUCUGAUAACGUUGCAGAGAAAAUCAGUGCAAUUAGGAUGAUUGGAUCAAGGGUUUUGUGGAGCAAUUAGGAACGCACAUAGUCUGCAUGAAUUCAUUGGAGAGUUUUGUUGUGAACUGACUUAUUCAGGAAAACUGCAUUUCGGCUUUAAAGAGUACUAUAAGAUGGACUCCUGCAGAGACAAUCACAAAGAAUUGUGGGAAGGUGAGCAGAAGAACGCAGACAGAGGAAUUGCACUUUGAGAACUGCAGUGAAGAAGCUGUUGCUAUAUUCACAUUUGAAAAAAUAUGAAAAACUGGCUGCAAAAUGCUGACUCUUCUCUCAUACACAAUCCAUCUUUUAGACAGCUACAAAAAUGAGGUUCUUGGAUGCACUUAUUCAGCUGAGUACAAGACCUGCACAAGAAACAUGGUACUGAUAUGCCAUACAGUGUGUAUUUUGGCAGCUCUAUAAUUGCUUGGAGUCAGCAAAGAUCGCUGAAAUUGCAAUGCUGUCAACAGCUCUUGAUCCAUUUUUUGUCACCUCAUUAUGCAGUGACAAUACAUGUUGUGUUAUUAUAAAUACAUAUGUUUUUUUAAGACUAAAAUGUACAGUUUUUAUAAACAGUAUUUAACCAAGGAUGGAGUAGAUGUGUCAUCAGGGCACCAGCAGUUCAUGUUACUGUACAAAUGUAUCUGUAAAUUCUUUAUAUCGAUAUAGCUAGUGCUUCAAAUAUGCACUGAAAUGUUUGCCUGGGGAAUGACAGAAAAGGUUAUAACGUAUUUAAUGUAUAUAAUGUUUUAUUUAAGAUGUGUUUUUAUUGUAUUCUGUACCUACCUGUAGUGAUUGUUGUGAGGUUGCAAGGUUGGUUUUUAGCACAUUUUUUUGCCUUCAUGCAGUGUGCACCCAAAGAUAUAUCUUUGUAAAACAAUUUCGUAUGGACUUUUUAUUUGUAAGAUGCAGUAUUAUAUGAUGAAUUUCGGAGUACAGAUGAUAAUAAGCUCAGGGUGUCAUUUCUGUUGACUUGCCUGAUUUGAUCUGUUUAUUGAGUGGUUUGUGUGAAAAAUAUGAACAUUUUUAACCAUUUUUUAAACAAAUCGUCUUCACAUUAUGUGUUCUUGAAGUUGUACUCAGUGACUGCCUGAUUGUGUUUAGUUCAGUCCGCAUAAAAUACAGACCAGCAUUACCA